AUGACAACAAGGGCUUUGACGACUAGCUUAUGGAUUGAGGGGACGGACUCACCAGGAACAAGGCGGCAAGGUUGCUGCAGUAGCUGUCCGGGAACGGUGAGAGGUGGGAUAGAUAGAGUUGAGCGAGCAGGAAGGACAAGGAGUGACAGGGCAGGGAAUAUAUCGCAAGCCAAAGAGACAGAGCUGGGAAUGGAGAUGAGAUGGGACAACCAGCAGCAGAAGCAGAAGCAGCAAAAGCAGCAAAAGCAGCAGAAGCAGCAGAAGCAGCAGAAGCAGCAGAAGCAGCAAGCGGCGAGAGUUGACUAACCCAGCAGCAAGCAGCCUUAAGCUCCCUUUUAACUAAAUACUUUAACUUGAAGCCCGCCAAAACCCACCCAGCUAGCUGGCAACGAGUUAGCAACCGCCGCGCGCCAAAACACAAGCCCCGGACGGAAAAGAAGCACCAGAAAGAUUCUGGAAGAAUGAAUGUUUGGAGAGGAGGGCCCGCCCUGCGCCCCAGGCAGAGAUCUCGUCGUGUAACUAAUAAUAAUCUGAAAGUUACGUACGCUGUAAAUCCAGAUGAAAAUCGCCCUGUCGCGGUCGGUGUGGCCUGUGGGUCAGACAGAGGGCGUCCGUCCCCUUCAGCCAUGUCCAAGUUAAUUAUUAUUAUUAUCAUUCUUC